AUGUACUGCUAUGAAAAAAGUCUUUAUGUGAUUGAGGAGCUGAUGGAGGUGAAUGAAGGAAAGGUCCCAAAAGAUCGUGUUGCUCUUCGUAUGCUAGCCGAGGAAAUGGCACAGUGGCCUAAUUUAGAGGUGGAAGCACCUAAGAAAAAGUCUAGCAAAUCCCUAUAUGCAAGAGUCACGGACACUGGUAUUGAUCCAGAAUUGGCUGCUAAGAAAUUGAAUGUUGAUUGGGAUUCGGCUGCUGAAAUUGGAGAAGCUGACGAUAGUGAUGAAGCAGAAGUGCCCGCAGCAGUGGGUUACGGAGCACUGUACCUAGUCACAGCUUUUCCAGUUAUCAUUGGUAUCUCUGUGGUGUUAAUUUUGUUUUAUAAUUCCCUCCAGUAGAAAUUUUGUCUUCCCAUUUUACAAUCAGUUUUGUACAUUGCAAUUGUGGAAUGCACGAAUCAUUUCUGUUGUAUCAACUUUUGUGAAGUAAUUGAUGUGCUUUCUUGUUUAA